CUUGCGGAGCGGGGAGGAGCGGUUUUGGGGUGUUGUGAAUUCGUGUAGCUAAGAAAUCUUGAGUGGGAGUUGUCGGACCUAUUUGCUGUGCGUUUUUCCCGUGGAUUCGCACCGAUCAACGCUUCAGCCGCAGCUAUGCCCGGAAUAGAAAAGCUGCCGAUAGAGGAGACGCUGGAGGACAGCCCGCAGACUCGCUCUCUGCUGGGGGUGUUUGAGGAGGACACUGCAGCCAUCUCCAACUACUGCACACAGCUGUAUCAGGCCAUGCAGAGGAUUUAUGAUGCACAGAAUGAGCUCAGUGCUGCGACUCACCUGACCUCCAGACUGCUGAAAGAAUACGACAAACAGCGUUUUCCUCUAGGGGGCGAUGAUGAGGUGAUGAGCUCGACCCUGCAGCAGUUUGCAAAAGUCAUUGAUGAGCUGAGCUCCUGUCAUGCUGUUCUGUCCACCCAGCUCGCAGACGCCAUGAUGUUUCCCAUCACUCAGUUUAAAGAGAGAGACCUGAAAGAGAUCCUAACGCUUAAAGAAGUCUUCCAAAUAGCCAGUGAUGAUCACGACACAGCCAUUAACAGAUACAGUCGUCUGUCCAAGAAAAGGGACAACGACAAGCUGCGAGCGGAGGUGGUGGAAGACGUCUACACCUCCCGUAAGAAGCAGCACCAGACCAUGAUGCACUACUUCUGCUCUCUGAACAUGCUGCAGUACAAGAAGAAGACGGCUCUCCUGGAGCCGCUGCUGGGCUAUAUGCAGGCUCAGAUCAGUUUCUUCAAGCUAGGCUCAGAGAACCUCACCCAGCAGUGGGAAGACUUCCUGGGAACUAUCGGCACCAGCGUCCAGAAUGUUCGACGGGAGAUGGAGGAGGAGGUGGGGCAGAUGCAGCAGACCAUCCAGCAGAUGGAGAGGUCAUGUGACCCGCUGUAUGCACCAUGUGACCCUGACCCUGCCUACUCCACUGUGUGUCGCAGCCUGACCAGGAAACAGGGCUAUCUGCACAUCCGCAAUAAGACCGGCCUGGUGUCGUCAUCAUGGGAGCGUCAGUAUUUCUUCACGCAGGGUGGAAACCUGAUGCACCAGGGCCGUGGUGAGGUGGCGGGCGGGCUGGUCACGGACCUGGACAACUGCUCCGUCAUGGCCGUGGACUGUGAUGACCGCAGGUUCUGUUUUCAGGUCACUUCCUUCGACGGCAAAAAAGUGGUGACGCUGCAGGCGGAGAGCAGGAAGGACUGCGAGGAGUGGAUUGCCACCAUCAACAACAUCUCCAAGAGGAUCUAUCUGAGUGAAAACGCAGAGGAGCUGGCAGCCAGAGUGAACCAAUCAGCUCUGGAAGCUGUGACGCCAUCACCGUCCUUCCAGCAGAGACAUGAGAGCAUGAGACCGAGCAGUAAAGGUCGUAGCGGCCGAGCAAGCAGCAUCAGCUCCGUGGGCUCUGAGCCGUCACCUGCUCUCUCUGUGCUCUCAUUGGAUGCGCUGGUCGCCCCGGAAACACCCAUCCAGUUUGACAUCAUUUCUCCCGUCAGCGAGGAGAACCUGGGGCAGAGCAAGACGGCAGCACAGUCCGGCAGAAGGAGUAAUCCAUUUGGGGAGUCAGGAGACAGCACAUCAGAGGACAGUGAAGACUCCAUCCUCCACCAGCUCUUCAUCGUUCGCUUCCUGGGCUCCAUGGAGGUGAGAACCGCUGAGUCGGUGGACGUCAUAUCUGAGACCAUGAGGCAGAUCCUGGCUGCCAGAGCCAUCCACAACAUCUUCAGGAUGACCGAGUCACACCUGCUUGUCACCUGCGACUGCCUCAAGCUCAUUGAUCCUCAGACACAAGUCACUCGCCUCAGGUUUCCUCUCUCCAGCGUGGUUCAGUGUUCGUCCCAUCAGGACAACAAAAGGCUGUUUGGGUUCGUCCUGCAUCCAGCAGGUGGGCGGGGCGAUAGCCGGGCCGUCUGCUACAUCUUUGAGUCCAACAACGAUGGAGAGAAGAUCUGCGACAGCAUCGGUCUGGCCAAGCAGAUAGCCUUCCACUCAGAGAUGGACCGUAAAGCGGUAGAGAAGAGGAAGGAGCAGGACAAGGCCAAAGAGAAGCAGCAGGAAGAGCUCAGCAAGCAGAGACAGAUAGAGAAGGACCUGGAGGAGCAGAGUCGCCUCAUUGCUGCCUCCAGUCGUCCUGGCAACCCGCCCGCUCCUGACGGACAGUUCCUAGUUCUUAGCAACAGCCAAUCAGAAGACAGCGACGCCGGGGAGGAGGGGAAGAAACAGGGUGAGUCUGAAGCCUAACGACACUCAGAGGAUGCAUGUUUAGCCUCCCAGGCGUGUCCCAGCCGGAAGACAACAGCUCAGGGAUCAGAGGAGGGGACACCACCCGCCCGCCCGCCCGCCCGGGCUGCCUGGGGCCACAAAACAUGUGCUUCCUCUGCUGGACUGAAGCUGGUGAUGGAAGCUCUGAGAACAGAGGAUAAACCUAACGCACCCUCACUACAACAGGAGGAAACGCCUCGUCAAAGACUUUUAUUCUGUGUGUAAAAACGCUGCUUUUAUACCGACCGGCUCCAUUAUCAAGAAAAGACAAAAACACAUAUAGAUUAACCUGUAAGUCGCUGUUUUUUAUGUUUGUUUUAUAAGCGCUAACAAUGACGGCGGAGGACAUAAAGCAGAGCAGCAUGUGAGGAAUGAUGAAGCAGCAGCAUCUGAAGAAGAUGUGGGAGAAAACACACGGAGACUGAUGUGGAAAGUUUAAACGUCAGCUCAGCCUCAGCUGGUUCCUCUGUUGGUGUUGUUGGUUUAAAAAAAAGUGUCAAGUGAUAAAACAGUGAAGAAAACAGCAGCUGAUCUAUCCAGCACCUGUAAGGCACAUUUCUGAAUGGUCUCUGUGUUCCCUUAAAACACGUUAGCAUUUCCUCUGACCAUCGGCCGUGUAUGAAGAUACAUAAAGAUAAUAAUAUAAGGACAGUAAUCUCCCUGAUUUCACCAUAGUUUUCCUCAAGGUCAGUUUUGAAGCUGUGGUGGUUCUGGCCGUCACCAUCCUGGCAGCUCCUCCAAAGAGGUGAUGUUAACUCAAAGCUGCCACGCCCUUCAUUAUGCAUGACUUUAAGCCUUAAUACAAUAUAUAUCAAAUUAGCUCUAGAAGCUUAAACUUUUUGUGUACCAGGCUGUAAACUCGUAUAUAUCAGCUGUAAAGCUGUGCAUUUUAAAACGGGGUCUGUGGGGGUCGACUUGCCUUUAAAGGCGGCCUCAAGAGACAUUUGAGGAAGUGACUGACUACAUGCAGUGUUUGCAUUGAUGGUUAUGUUGUGUUGCAGCUUCUGUAUUCCUGAACUACUGUGGUGUGUUUCUGUCCUAGAAACUCACAGACAGAUCCACAGAAAAAUAUCCACAGCUUUACCAUCAAAGAUCCGAGCAGAUCAGCCUUUUAGAAUGAAUCAAAAGCUCUAAAUAAAUGAAUCAAGUGUCUCGUCACAUCGUAGCGUCUCCAGGACCGACACAUCAGCUGUUUUUAUGAGUCAGAGCAGAUUAAAGGGAACACAGAAACGGUCCAGAAAUGGAUGAAACUCAAGUGGUAAGGCUGCCUUCCACAUGGGCACAUCAUGCCCUUAGCAGGUCCAUGGCUCUCAGGCACAGAACAUGAACUAGAACAGCUCUUCCAUGGGUGAUUUGUGCACAAAAAAUGCACAAAAUUUAACUGCAGUCCAGAAAAACACUUCUCUCGUACACCAUUUAGGGACUUUGUUUUCUUCAAACCUACAGAAGUCAAUUUUAAAAUGUAGUAAAUAUCCCAAAACCUUCUAAAAUAUUAAAGCCAUUUUGUACUGCAGGAACUUAGAUGUUUGUACAUGUUCUGACUGUAGAAUGACCCUGUAGAACACCUUCCAGGGUUGUUUUGGGGGGAGAAGAUUGUACCUACUUCAGAGCAGGUCCUUCUGAGCAGCUCUGGAACAUUCCCCGGUACCUUUUUUUCUGCUAUCUCACUGAAAUCAUUAAGAGCAUAAAAUUCCCCUUACAGGCUAACACUAAAAACCUCUAUUGGUGUAGUUCCUGCAUUGUCAUACAGCUGUCCAGUGACUCCUAUUAGUCAUUAUUUUGGGGCACUCGAAGGUAACGUUGCGGUCGAAGGUGUUGGAUCAAAAAGGCAAAUUUCCUGCAGUGGAAAGCCACCUAAAAUGUCGUGUAAAUGCUAAAACGAAAUUAAUGUUUAAUAUUUCAGAGUGUAAACAGCAUCAACAAGGCUGCUCAGCCACAGUAUCAUUUCUGACGGAUGAAAUAUUUUAAAAAUCCAUGGUCCUCAGUGGUGGAUUUGUAGUAGGAUCACAAUCAUGUGAUCAUCAGCAGGCAGCUGAUGUAGUGUUCACUUGUUGUCAUGGUUACAGUGACGUUGUGCCGCUAUCUGGCAAUGAUACAGAAAUCUUUAACAAAUCUGUGGAUCCAGACUAUAAGCUGCAUCACUGAUAAAAUCUAAUCACUUGGUCCUUGUGUCAUUUCUGAGCUUCCCUGAAAACUUCAUCCAAAUCCGUGUGUCCAUUUUAGAGUAAUGAUGCUAACAGACAGACAGACGGACAGACAAACAAACCAACGGCAAUCGUUGGAGCCCUAUAGUACUCCGCAGAGCAUUCCUUGGCAGAGUAAUGAAGCUGGAAUAAGCUGAUAGGGUAUGAUAAUGAUAAUAAUAUUAAUAUUAAUGAUAAUAAUAAUAAUAGGGUUUAACUGCUACUGUUUUACCAACAUUAAAGCCACUGAAGGAGAGAACAGCUGCAUGUUUAGUAAAAUGCUGUUCAGACAAAUGAACGUCUUCACCUCGUUUGAACCUGAACCUUUGACCUAUCAGAGAUCAUUAUGUUGUGUCCAACAGUAACUCCUGCUGUUCUGUGGUUUUACUGAUGAAUGAAGCAGGUGAAGGUGGUCGAUGGUUUAAAGUUAGUGAUUUAGUGUGUCUUUCUAGUGGUCUCUGCCUGCAGAAGAAUACUGACCACUGAACUUGUAACUGUUAUCAUGAAUUAAAGCGCUGAGAUCAAAUCCUGCUCCUCCUGGUUCAGAGUUGAGCUCUGCAGUGAAAAUGGAAUGCCUCCGUCCUCCUCCAGGUGCCAACAUUAAAGGAAAGUUCUCCUUUUUUUUAGUGUCGCACAACCAGAUGUCGCCAGAUGUGGUCAUUCCUCCUGUUCGUGGUGACCAGUAACAGAUCCCCUCUGAAUACUGGUCCAAUCACAGCCUGCAUGAGUCAAAUCUAGUGGGUAUCUUCCAUAGUUCCAUAUUUUCUGGUGGAGAAUUCUCCGUCUACCUUUACUAAAAUAUUAAUGCAGUAAGUCAUGUUCUAUUAAAUUCUAUCAGUUCUUUAAGUGUUUGUUGUUCUGACACUUGGCGUCUCUACAACAGAACAGAUGUUGAGUGCAGUCAUAGAGCAGAGAGGUGAUGAGGUUGUAGAUGUCGUCUCAGUCUUCCUGAAGAGCUCAGUGAGGUUGGUGGAUAUUUUAGGAGACACAAUCAGUCAGACACCACAGGCAUCGCUGAUAGAAAUGCAAAUUUUAACCUUUUAUCCAGUCAGAAGAGAAGACUGUUUGCAUGUUGCAUUUAUGUUUUUUGUGCAAUUGAAGAAUAAACCUUUAAAAUGAGAAAAGUCUAAAUCUCAACUAAAUGUAACUAAAAUGAAAAGUUUCUACCACAUUGUUGAGUCUAAACUAAUGAGCUGUUAGAUCAGUGAGAGCUGGGUUUUAUCAUCCGCUACGUCAGGUUGUCAGAGAAAGUCUGUGAUUGAUUCCAUGGCUGAUCUCCAACCAGCCUGUAAUCUGGAUUUAUUAGUUAUUCAUCAGGCAGCAAAGUAAAAGUUCCGAUUCUAGUACUAAAAAGACUUUUAUUUAGGAGAUAUCCACCUGAGUCUCAAACUGCAGAAGACUCAGAUUUGCUUCAGAUACACGUUGGAGUGCAUCGCUCCCACUAGAAGAACACCAAUAUGAACAGAAAACACAGUUUCAGUGUCCAGUUUAGACUUAAAAGAUCCUCAACUCACCCCUUUAACGACAUUGUUUCUUCUGGUCUGCAUUUCUGCAUUUGUCAUGGAAAACACAUGAGGCCGAGUCCAGCAUCCCAUGAGCCAGAAUAGCCGCUGAAUGUUGCAGAAAAGAAAAUGCGACUUUAAACAUUCUACUGCAGAAUGAAUACCUGCAGGGAAUCAGGAUCCUGUUGCUCUGUGAACAAAAGCACAAAUUUCUCAACAAAGUCUUAUUUUCUGACUCCAUCUUCUUGCAAGAUGCUGCGUUUCUCCUGAGGUCACGGCAUUUACCAGGCAUGUGUAUGUGGGCCACUCACCUGGAGGCCUUUUCUGUUUUUUGUUGAUUAGCCUUUUUCCAGAGUGAUUCCUGGUGAUUAUCUGUAGAAACCAACUGAAGAAACUUAACCUUCUAGAUCAGUGAUGUGUGGAGACGAACAGGUCAUGGCCUCCAGGGGCCAAAAUCAACAGUUAGUGAUGAUGAUUUAGUUUUUCUCGUGUUUGCUGGGAGGAUGAGGAGAACUUGUGCUGAUGGAGCUGCACUUUACUGACGCAGGAAAACACGAUGUUGAGCUGUAAAUAUGUUUGGUGUUCCAGUGUCAUGAUUAAUAAACGGCUUUUCAGUGAUAAAUAAAAGCACUAACUCCA